CUCUCUUGAGAACCAGAUAGAAAAACUUAUGUGCACCCCUGUUUAUACACCUCUGAAGAAAUAGUUUUGUAUAUUAUAUUGCAUUUCUGUCAAUAGAUCCUCCUAAAAAUGCUGUAUUGUUCCUUUAUGAAGUGAUAAAAAAAGAACCAAUGAAGAUAGAAGAAUACAGUUUCUUUUGUUUAAAACUCUGUUCUUUUAUUUGAUAUAUCAUUUUACCAUAUAUUCAUUACAUAAAAUGUAUUGUGAGCCAUCACAUUUUAGUGAAAAUGUUCAAAAAUGCUGGCGCUGACUGGCAACUUAAAAAAAAACUGUGGCAGGGAAAGAGUUAGAAGAACCGGAUAAGACUGCAAGAGUCAUUUAUGCAUUCAUUUGAAUUAAUUCUUUAUUGGUUUUCUGCUCAGAUAAAUUUAUUUUCAUAUGGCAUAGCUUGACAUAGAUUCUCCAGUGGGCCAGUGCAAAACCAUUGUGUGGACAACAUGUUAUGUAUUUAUUUGUGCAACCAUUGAUUUGUAGGUACAACACCACCAGCCCCACACGAUAUGAUCAGAUCCGUCCCACUCUACUGAACCAGCCAAAGGAAAGUUCUUCUGUGUCCGACACUGAGAGUCUCCCAAGUCCCUGCACCUCCCCCCCACAGCCCCGCAGACACUAUGGCGAGUCUAUUACUAGCCUGGGCAAGGCCAGCAUCAUGGGAGCUGCAAGUAUUGGUAAAGGCAUAGGCGGUAUCCUCUUCUCCCGAUUUUCCCGCUCCAGUGGCCAGGUAGGAGGUGUAGAGGAGGAGCCAUCAGACUCAGAGGGCAGUACAUGUGACAAAGGAGAUGGGAUAACAGGAGAAGAAGCCAAAUCUGUGCCACCUUAUCAGAAAAUAGAAGAGAAGACAGAGGUGAAAUUUGAGGAGAAGCAAGACGAGAAGGCAGCAGACAUCAGCAUAUCACAGUCAGCCUCUGCUAUUAUGGAUUACUCCUCCUUGGAGCUUGAGAAGCGUCUCGACUUUGAGUUAAGGGAGGGCUUGGUGGAGAGCCGCUAUUGGUCAGCAGUGACGUCACACACAGCCUACUGGUGUUCCCACGAUGUGGCUCUGUUUCUGCUAACGUUCAUGUACAAGCCAAAUGAAGUGAAUGAUAUGGCAGAUGAUAACCUUGAAUCUUAACACACACACCUAUAAACUCCCACACCACUUUUAAUUAAAAUAGAUUCUAAAAUCGUUUAAUUUAGCAGACCUUGUUCACUGUGCAUCAGAGACCCUGUCAUUGCCUGUUUUUUAUUAACAUUUUUAUUUUAAAAAAUGCUUUCCUGUGGCUCAGUGGUUAGAGCAUGGCAUUAGAAACGCCAAGGCCAUGGGUUCGAUCCCAGGGAUUGCACAUUCUUAGUAACAAAUGUAUAGUAUAAUGCAAUGUAUUUAAAGCAUCUACCAAAUGCAUAGAUGUAAUUUAGAAGCACACAUAUGGAAGAGACAAAACUCAAUUUCCCCAAACAAAAAUAUGUUCCCUUAUGUCGAUGAGAAGGUGACAACUAUCAUACUUUUUGCAGCUUGGAUAUUUUGGCAAUUCACUCAAAUCUCAGUUUUAAAAGCUCUUCUUCAGUUCGACUGACAUUUAUUUUGAUAAAUUUUGAUAAAUUUGUUUUAUUUGCCUGAACACACAAAAUGGUUAUUUUUAUUAAUUAGACAUUAUUAGUAUAUGUUUACAUCAAGGAGAUACACAAUAUGUAUUGCUCAUUAAAGUGGCCAAAUAUUGAGUUGAUUGUCAACAGGAGAAGUAAACCUGAUGCAAGAUAUAAUUUGAAGAGAAUUAAAGGACUAAAAAGAAGUGCAAUUUUUAUUUCAUGCAUUAGUCUGUUCUCUACACCCACAUGAUAGGCACAGGAAUUUACUGCAUAUUUGAAUGCACUGAAUUACACAAAGACUACGUUCACACUGCCAACUAAAUCAGAUUUUUUUGCUCAUGUGACCCAAAUCUGUUUACUGCAUGACAGUGUGAACAGGACAAACCACAUGGAAUCCGAUCUUUUUAAAUCU